AUGCCGCCGGUGCAAGGUAACACUUCUUCAAAUGGCGCGAGAUCCCAGUCCACCUCAGAGACGAUUGCCGCAGCGGCGAAUGGUUUGGCCCGAAAAAUAACAGGCGCUAUGUUUAACAAGCAGGAGCCGCCACUGGCUCCCAAAGAACAGACACCGCCUACAGAAGAAUCGGAAGGAAACACCGAGACAAUAAAAACUGACGAGCAACCCCCUGUUGCUAAGAGUCCUGAUAACAUGUCAACCCCAACGAGUGAAGCACAACCCACCUCAGUUACCGGCGGCGAAGUCUUGCCGACUUACAUUGGUCCCCAGGUAACCCCUGAAGUUGCCAAGAAACUGGGCCUGCUAAUUGCUUCACCUCCUUCAAGCACACCGAAUGCCUCUGACGCUGGCCCUAAGAAAACAGUUGUGGCUACUAUCGGCGCCAAACGCAAGGCUGAAAAAGAA